AUGAGUCACAAAAGUCCUGCUCCGCUCUCCUCCCAGCCUUCCCUCGGUCUGUGUUCUACGCUGUCGGACCUGAGCUUUGACCUUCUCCCGCAAGCGUUGCUCCAUGGGAGCGCUGGUAGGCUCCGGGAGCGAGGAGGCCUGGCUCUGGGAGGAGGAGUCAGAGAUUUCCUGGGGCUUCUAAUAAAGGCAUUUGAUUUCCACUCUCCACAUACUUUAACAAGUCCAAGGAUUUUGAGGUUUGACGUUAACUUGAAGAGAGCUGGAGAAAAUCAGCCAAGGGGGCUCUUUGCUGCUAAGUGCAGUGGCUGCAUGGAAAAGAUCGCCCCAACAGAAUUUGUGAUGAGAGCCCUGGAGUGUGUUUACCACUUAAGCUGUUUCUGCUGCUGCGUUUGCGAACGACAGCUGAGGAAAGGGGAUGAAUUUGUUCUUAAGGAAGGGCAAUUGCUCUGCAAAAGUGACUAUGAAAAAGAGAAAGACUUGUUGAGCUCGGUCAGCCCAGACGACUCAGACUCAGUUAAAAGUGAUGAUGAAGACGGAGACGUUAAGCCCACCAAAGGACAAGUAACCCAAGGAAAAGGAAGUGAUGAUGGGAAGGACCCGAGAAGACCUAAGCGACCAAGGACAAUACUUACUACGCAGCAGAGACGAGCGUUCAAAGCAUCCUUUGAAGUGUCUUCCAAGCCCUGUAGGAAGGUCAGAGAAACACUAGCAGCUGAAACAGGACUCAGUGUGCGAGUUGUCCAGGUCUGGUUUCAAAACCAAAGAGCAAAGAUGAAAAAACUAGCACGAAGGCAUCAGCAGCAGCAAGAGCAACAAAACUCGCAGCGACUAGGGCAAGAAGUGAUGUCCAACCGAAUGGAAGGGAUGAUGACAUCUUACACACCGCUUGCACCACCACAGCAGCAGAUUGUAGCAAUGGAUCAAAGCAGUUAUGGCACAGACCCAUUUCAGCAGGGUCUUACCCCUCCACAAAUGCCAGGCGACCACAUGAACCCUUAUGGAAACGACUCCAUUUUUCAUGAUAUCGACAGUGAUACCUCUUUAACUAGCUUGAGCGACUGUUUUCUUGCCUCUUCCGAAGUUAACUCCAUGCAGGCUAGAGUAGGAAACCCCAUUGACAGGCUGUACUCUAUGCAGAGCUCGUAUUUCGCCUCAUGA